AUGGCAUCCCUGGAAAACCUCCCUCCUGUCACCUCCCCGUCUCUCAUCAUCACCAACCCCACCACCUCGGAAAGAGAACGUGCAUGGAAAAGUACCCAUCUUCAAUGGGGUGCAGCACUGAAUCUAGAGGAUUUUAUCGCCCGAGAAUACGACAAUAUUAAUGCACCUCUUGCUCGAGAUGGUGGUGUGAUGAGCUGGAUCCUGACUGAUGGGACCCUGAAGCCCGACGAAAGGCCCAUUCUCUCAUCCUGUGAGACUUACAAGAAAAGAGCUCUUGUAUCCGAUACGAAUAACAACGAAAAAGUGAGGGAUGGAACUGCACACGGUGUAGCCAGUGUCUUCACUGUCCCCGAGUAUCGAAAGAGGGGAUAUGCCAGGAAGAUGAUAUCUCUCCUCGCCGAUGAGCUACGAAGCAGACAGCAGAAGAAUGAAGGAGAUGCCGACUUCUCUGUCCUAUGGUCUGACGUUGGCCCAGACUUCUACGGACGUCUCGGGUGGAAGGCUUUUAAAAGUACAUAUCUCGAGUUUCCCGUCAAGGACACUCUGCCCCCUGCCAAUCCAGCUGUCAAGCCUCUCACUUUGGACGAUAUCCUAGAACUGGCAGCUCGCGACGAGGAGAUUAUCCGAAAAAAGGUGGCAUCAUCAACCUCUACUGUCAGUGUCGCUGUUAUCCCUGACGCAGACACCAUCGGAUGGCAUAUGAACCGCGUUGACUUCAUGUGUAACCGCAUAUUCUCUCACAAGCCUACCAUCCGAGGUGCCUUGUAUACUCCACCUGAAGCUCCCAACUCGAGAAUCUGGGCAAGCUGGACUUGCAGCUUCUAUGGUGGACUUGACCAGCCUGCGAAGAACAUUGUCCGCAUUCUUCGUCUGGCAAUCGAAGAUGAGGCCAUUUCAGAUGAGGCCAUUGCCAAAGGCAUCGAAGCCAUCGCCGGUUUUGCACAGAAAGAGGCCAAGGAGUGGAUGUGCUCCAAAGUAGAACUCUGGAACCCCGAGGAGCGUAUCAAACGAGUCACGGAAAGCAUCCAGUCAUUGGGUGCUAAAUUCGUCGUCAGAGACAACGAGCACCUCGCAAGCAUGAAUUGGUUCGGAAAUGACCCCAACCAAGAGGUCGAAUGGAUUGCGAACGAACGAUUUGCUUGGUGCUAG